GAACAGAGCAUAAAGUACGGAGCUCGAAAAUUCUAGGUGGGAUUAUCAUCAGGUACCUAGGGGAGAAAGCAUCUAUGUUGACUGGUCACAAUUCCACUGUGUCCUAUGUAUUUAUCAGUAAGCCUGUGAUAUCAAUGGACCAUGCGGAUAUACAGUGAGGGAUAUGUAGAUGAUGAUUUCCAUAUGGAUUCUUUCUACGGAUACCUGAUGACGGUGGUGGGAAUUCUAGCAUUUGUUUUAUUAUUCUACGUGUUAUUCAAACUCUGCACCUCUGACGAAGACGAAAAGUCGCAACAAAAACCACUUAGUGUUUACCCUCUGACCCCAGUGUUUGCGCAUGAGCUGACCCCGGGAAUUAUUGUACUACAGAGUGCGGAUGGAGAAUAUUUUAGAAUUUUACAUGAAUAUAGUUCUACGAAUGACGUGAAUCAGGCCAAUCAAAACAAACCUAUGAUGACGUCAUCAAGUACAGGAAUCUCCCGUUCUGGAGUUUUAGAGAAUGCGCAAACUCAAACAAGACCCUCGGCACCGGAACCAGUUGAUGAUUUGCUCAUGAAUAUUCAUGAGCCUGUAACAAUUCAACCGCCUCCAUACUCACCCUGGAGAACUGAGAAUUAAUUGUUUGGGAAUUCUUGAGAACUCUUACUUUUUUCGGGAAAACUUAAAAAAAAAAUGACAGCAUAUACUUUAUCCGUUUUUGGUAAGAUAUCUUUGCUUGUGUUAACUAUAACUUUGUCAUCAUUUGUAUAUAAAGGAUACUCUCAGCAUUUGCUUGCUUACAAGGUAAAAAAAAUAGAUAUCUUUUUAUUUCUUCGUAAUCAAAGAUUCGGGGACAUAUAGCUCUGCCCUUUUCAUUUAGCAGUACGAAUAUGUGUCAGCAAAAUCUUAAACCUUUUCCAUAACUUGACCUUUUAGCGUGUUAUCUACUUUUGGGAAAAAAUACAUCCUUUAGAUUUCACUUUAAUUUUUAGUGCACAGGAUUCAUUUAACAGAUGUUUUCUCGUGACUUUUUUUCGCAUUUCAGAAACUCUUACCUUCGACGUAAGAUGCUUCACAGGGUCAUUAGUGUUUAAUUACAUGUAACACAACUUUGUUUCCAUUUUUGGAAAUUGUUACGUAUUUAACUUAAAACAAAGGAGAACAAACCA